UACUGCUUCACGUGCUGCUUCUCUCUCGGAGGCCUGGGAGAAAGAAUGGCCUUGGAAGGGAAGAACAAACUGAAGAAAAAGAAAAAUGCCGAGCAGAGAGAGAACCCGGACGACAGUUUUCGCCGGUAUCGAACUGUAGACUACCUGGUUGGACAAGUCGCCAGUAGCUUAUUCCACAGCAGGCGCCCUUCCAGAGGCAGUACAGAUCGGCUGGCGUCCCUCUUCAGCUCUUUCGAGUCUCAGAUUCAGCCCUUGUACCUGCCGGUGCCUAAAGAAAGCACACAAAAAAGGAAACGGGAUGAGGUGGAAGAAAGUACAUCCGAAAUUCAAACACAACUUUUGCAAGAACCUGCAAAAAAAAUUAAAGCGAGGAAGAAACUUUCUAACGCUGACAAAAAUUUGGCAAACAGGGAAAGUGCUCUUGCAUGUGCUGAUCUAGAAGAAGAAAUUCACCAGAAACAAGGAAAGAAAAAGAAAAGUUCUCAAUCGGGUGACUGUAUUAAAAUAGCAGAUAGAAAAGUACUUGAUGAUGUAGAUUACACAGAUGUAAAUCAAAGUAAGAAAAUACAAAUCAACAAAGAGGAAGAAAGAUUAAAGAAUGAGAGAACUGUGUUUGUUGGGAAUUUGCCUGUCACAUGUAAUAAAAAGACGCUGAAGUCAUUUUUUAAAGAGUAUGGACAAAUAGAAUCUGUACGAUUUCGUUCUCUGAUUCCAGCAGAGGGGACUUUAUCCAAAAAGUUGGCAGCAAUAAAACGUAAAAUUCAUCCCGAUCAGAAAAAUAUUAAUGCUUAUGUUGUGUUUAAGGACAAGAAUGCUGCUACAAAAGCAUUGAAAAGAAAUGGAGCCCAAAUUGCAGAUGGAUUUCUUAUUAGAGUUGAUCUUGCGUCUGAGACCUCAUCGAGGGACAAAAGAUCAGUAUUUGUGGGGAAUCUUCCUUACAAAAUUGAAGAAUCUGCUGUUGAGCAACAUUUUCUGGACUGUGGAAGUAUUGUAGCAGUGAGAAUUGUGAGAGACCAAGUUACUGGAGUUGGCAAAGGUUUUGGCUAUGUACUAUUUGAGAAUACAGAUGCUGUUCAUCUUGCUCUGAAAUUAAAUAAUUCUGAACUAUUGGGAAGAAAAUUAAGAGUCAUGCGUUCAGUUAAUAAAGAAAAACUAAAACAACAAAAUUCAAAUCUUCGUGUGAAGAAUGUCAGUAAACCUAAGCAGGGACUUAAUUUUGCUUCAAAAACUGCAGGACAUUCUAAAAGUUUGUUUAUUGGAGAAAAAGCAGUUCUUAUUAAAAAGAAAAAGAAAGGACAGAAGAAAAGUGGACACACUCAGAAACCGAAGAAACAGAAGUAAUCUGAAGCUUUUAUUUUUCCUUUCUUUUCCUUUUUUUUUUUUUUUUUUUAAAUCACUGAAUACUGUUAUUAAAAGUGUGGUGACCUGUGUGUUGCAUUUCAGAAUUUUUUAUGGAUGUUGUAUGUGAAACUUGGAGACUUCUUUACUCUUAGUUUAUUUAAAUUUUAAUACUAUAUCUGAAGCAUUUGUUUAUAAAUGUAGACAGAUUGCUCAAUAUGGGUUUUGUGUUAGUACUGUUAUAGGAGAUGAUUUCAGACAUAGGGUGAACAUUUAGAAUUUUAAUGGUUAUGCCUUAUUUUAGUGUAUGUUAGAAAUACAUAAUUAGCACUUCAGAGAAGUUAUUUUAAGAAUAUUACCACUUGGAAUGUGACUAAAAGGUUUGUAAAUUUAAAGAAAAUUGAAACAAUACACUAAAUAGUAGUACUGACUGUGCCUAAAACUAUCUAAAUAAACUGGGAAUGCUGAUGUAAGUUAUAGUCACAGUCCCGAAGAAGAAAGUUUUUGAGGACUGUUAUGUAGUAGCUGCUCAUUUUUAUUCCUUUCUCUUGCACUUGUGUUAAGUGAAGUUCUAGAUAUUUAUCUUAUUUUGUCAAUCUAAGAAUAAACAGCCAUUUACAUAUAUGAAAUGAUGUUGCUAUGAUUUCUUAUUUUUAACCAGUGAUUAGAUUGGUUAUUAAAGUCCUUGGCAAAUCAGCUUAUAAAGCAGAUUUCUACUUUUCGUUUCCAUUUUUAUUAGAAAAACUUCCGCCCUGGAAAACUUAAGAUGCUUAAAUUAAUGUCAUCUGCCAAAAUUGAAAAAAUCUUCAAAAAAUUGUAUUCAAAGGAAACAUUUUCAUUUAAAAUAUGUUGUCACAAAGUAUAAAUAAAUCUCAACACAGGAUACCAUUGCACUCCCUGGGCCUUAACACUGUGAUAUGCAUGGUGCACCCUCACAUGUAUCUUACCAAGCUGAACCUGUACACAGGAGGCAAGGGUGGCAGUAAACUGGCAUGGCCAAUCUGAGGCAGGCAGAAUUUGAGCAUUCGUCUGUCAUACCUCCUAGGUGGAUACAGGGAUUGGAGAUAGAGUGAGUUAUUGAGUUUUUUUGAAGAUACUCUUGUGGGGUUAGCACAGGAAAAAGUUAAUGGGUCUUUCAGAUGUAGCUUUGUGGAGAGCAGUGAGAGCUUCAUUUUUCCGAAUAUCCAGGUACUGAAUAUUUUAUACUCAACCUAUCCCCUAAGGGUGCUUAGAACCUUGUUUUUCCUAAGUAGGGUUCAGUAAGUACUUUUAUCUGAUCAUUUUCUAACCAUUUUGCAUGUUUCCAGUUAUAUUUAUAUAAAGAUGCAUCAUCUGUAGACUAUGUACCUGUAUAGUCUUCAUGUGUAAACGUAACUGUGACUUUCCUGUGAAUGGGUAGCUUCUUAAAGCAUAGCAGAGAACAUUAAAAACUCCACAUUUGUGAUACAAAUGAAAUUUCAACUUUCUGUAAGCAGAAUAUGCAUGCUUUAUUAUAAUUCUAAAGCACAUUUUAUAUAGAAGAAAUAUACCUGAAAGUAAUGUGGAUUUUAUAGAACAGUUCCAUUGGAGAUACUGGUAUAAUUGUUUGUUACCUGGAAAAAUAGUUGUGUCAUAUUUUAUCUGAUUAAAUACUUCUAGCCAUAGAAGAAUAUUUUUGAGUGAUCAACAGCUCAAAUUUGGCCUUUAAUAAUUGUAAUAAAAACUCUUGGUGAUUUUGAUUUGU